UUCCCAACGCUAGCAGAUUUGACAUUUCACUUUUUCAGUAAUGAUGGCGCACUUGCGAAAGGUGUUUAGUUUACUGUAACAUUUAUUUUUAUGUAGUGCCGUGAAGUGAAAACCAAGUGUUUUUAAUGCCGUACCGCAGGCGCUUCUCAGCCAAGAUGCCAGAUUUCGACGACGAGGUCACUGUCGUCGAUGUGUACGACCUGGCAUCGGAUAUUGGCAAGGAAUGCGAGAUAAUUAUUGAAAAAUACGGCCCUGACGCCGUUACAGCGCUCCUGCCGAAGGUGAUUAAUGCGCUAGAGUUGCUGGAGAACUUGGCGGUGAGGAACGAGAAGGAGAACCAGGCGCUGCAGGAGUUGACGGCGAAGAUUUCACAGUUGGAGAAUGACAAGAUAGAGAAGGCAGAAUAUAGGCAGCGUUUCGAGAAGGAAAUAGAAGCAAUCGAGGAACAAUGGCGGACAGAAUCAGCGGAGCUGGUGACCGCGGUAGCAAGACUACAGGACGAGAACAAACGUCUACGGAGAACUAUCAAUGCGCCUGCAGACGGCUCAAGUGCGCCCCCGUCACCAGCCCGCGAGCACGACCAAGAAGUUCUUUCCCGGCUCAGCAGCACAGCUGAGAAGCAACGCGCGACGUUACGCCACCAAGAGUUGCAGCUUCAAGAGAAACAACAGCUGAUUGACAGCUUGUCGAAUCAAGUGGAGAAGUUGGCACAGGUCAGCAGGGACCUCCGGCGGAAACAUAAGCAGAUACAAAAUCAGAUGCGCUUAGUAUGUGAGGAGCGUUCGGAGCUGACGGCCAUAGUACAGUCACAGCAGAGGGACAUCGCCGCGCUUCAGCAAGAUAGUGCACAGAACAAGAAGUGCCCCACAUGCGGCGUGGCGACUCCUGAAGGCGCUGACGACGACGACCAGUCCUCCAAGCCCACGUUCAGCGUGAGGGAGCUGCGAGCCAUCCUGCACGAGCGCAACGAGCUCAAGCUCAAGCUCAGCCGCGCCGAGGAGCAGCUGCACGCGCUGCAGGCUGACCAGCACCACGACAGUGGCUCCGACACAUCUCCGUCAGUAAGCACGGGUGCUGGUGAGGAGGAGGAGGCGCCGGUGCAGGGCCCGCUGCCCGCCGAACCGGACGACGCCCCGUGGAAGCGCAACAGUGGCAUCAGGAAGUUGUUCAGGCUGGCGCUGGCGUCUCGACCGGAGAAGAGAGCAGAGGGACCGCCGCGAAUCUCUUUCGGCCCUUGGUAUUGAAGAUGUGUUUGUUGGCGUUUUCGCAAGCUCUUUGUUGAGUCUGAUCUCACCGUGGGCGCCUUCCAGCGUCGCCACCCGCGCCCCGCCCCCGCCGCCCACGCCCCGCCCACCUCCGCACCCGCGUAGGCACUCCCACCCCCACGCCCCGCCCACCUCACGCCCACCACCCAGCCGCCGCCGCUACUCCGAGCAUCCACCAUCAUCGAAACUGGACCUCCGACAAGAACUACUAGACCUCAACCUUGGAACGCAAGAGUUUGAUUCCUGGCUCGGCAACAAGUUCGAAGAAAACGACGAGUUCGAAACUGGACCUUACGACCCAAGGUUUGUGCACGACAUUCCUUUACAACGCUCCAUUUCUCUAGACAGGGGCAUCGACAUCUUCAAUCAUUUGCAGGCCAUAGGCUCUGAGACCAGCGUUAGUUCCCUGUGGACGGUAGACUCGGAUGGACGGGACAGUUUGACUGACAGAUACAGGAGUUUCGAAGAUAUCCCCACUUCUCCGUACAGGGCGAGAAGCAGGAGUGCAUCUUUUGGCGUGGAGACGUUCUCAGAACGGGACUUAGCGUUGGCGGUACUUAACGAGAGUUACAAGGGUCUGGAUGCCCCGAGCGGUAGCGUGUCCCCUCAGAUACGAAAACUGCAAAGAUGUUUCACAUUCGCCGGGAGCUUUGACAGUAUUAAAGAUAGGGGUCCCGUGGAACAAGUCAAUGAGCAAAAGAUCAAGCCAAAACUUAGGCUGAUGAUCCCAAAUAGGAGGAAUAGCACCAGCUGUCCAGUGUCACCAGAAAUUAGCAGACUGAGGAGUUUCUUCCCAAGCACAGCAGCUGGUGACACGAACAUAUCUGAUGAUGAGGACCAAGUCUUUGAGGUUCAGGAGCCGGUAUACAGGAGCAUGUCUAUCGAGUGGAGCCAGGAGGAAGCUAAAGAAAAACAAAGGAGGUCUGGUCUCCAAACCGUCACGACUGACUUGAGAAAGAAAGUUCUAGUAAAGCAAGGGUUCAAGAGCUGCGAAAACCUCGAAAGGAAUCGAGGAUCGUCGGAACUCGCUAAAACUUCCAAAUAUCUUAACUCGAAUUUUGUUACAUUGAGCAGAACUGCAUCAUAUUCGGGCAACACUGACUCUGUGACAUUUGACACAUUGCCCACUAUAAUCAUAUCCCCCGCUGACUCCGGCGGUGUUGCCAAUAUAUCAAAUACUUCCAAUUACGUAGAAAUAAGUAGGAAUUGUGACUGUCGAAUAUGUAGGGAGGGCGAGGGUAAAUAUAUAUUGCGGAGCGCGCUUAGCAAGUUGUUCGUUAAAAUUGUUUCUUGUAAAAGUAGAAAGUUGUAUUGGGACGAGAAUAAUAAUUUGAAUGAUAGUGAGAUGUACAAGUGUGUAAUGCAUGUAUUGAAACUAAUGUUAGGACUUUGGUUGAGACAUCUCGACCAUAAUAAAUAGGAUAAUAACAUCCAUUUUUUAAAGUAAGAAAUAAAUAGGUCAAAAAUUUUGUCUUCAUAUUUAAAAAUGAUGGUAGAAAAGUUAGAAGUUGACACAAGUUUCUACCAUUUUAUUCCAGUGUUGCCUGUUACAAAGUAAAAAUAUUACUUUUUUUUGAUAAAAAUGGAUGUUAAUACCCUAUGUAAAGUAUAGUUAUUACGAGUUGUUCAAUGUUAUUAUACUUUUAGCAGCUUUUAUAAUUUAACUGUGAAUGCAAAGCUAGGUUCAAUUCCUUCAUGUAUUUCUGUACUAAGCAAUUUAUUAUUUUCUUAAAGAAUGGUUAUGUAUGACUCUGUGAUUUUUAUUUAUUUUUCGAAAUGAAUGUUCUAUGCUAGGUUUCGCAUUUGACUUUUAUUGAAAGGGCGACUCGGUUAAAAAGUUUUAAGCAUUCCAAUAUUGAAAUAUCAACCUUAACGACAUCAUAAUAAGGUUAAAAUUUAAAUUGCCGAGUCGUCUUUUCAGUAAGACUGAACUAUGCCAAGCUAAAGAAAUUCUGUCGUUGUGCAGCUAUUAGAAAUAUAUGUCUAUGGUCAUGUUAUAUGAUAUUUGGCUAAGUUUUUAUAUAAAGGCUGUGUGAGACUUCCUGUGCCCACGAACUGUCAAACUGAAAUGUCAUUUUCAACUGUGCAAUUGACAGUAGCUGUCAGUCAGUACAAACGACGGUAUUUGACCUUGAAAACUGACAGCUGUCAACUGCAAAAAAUAUUCGGAACUCCUGUAUGUGUAAAGUGCAGCUUUGCAAUCGUACCUGCAAUAAUAAAUUGUAUUUAUAAUACUCAAAAUUGUUAUUCGAGAAGUAUUGAGGGCACAAGGAAUGUAAAUGUUACAGGCACCACGCAACUUUGCUAUUCUGAAGUUAGCUAUUUGAUUGAUCGAGGUAUAGCUGAUGAACGGCGAAGGAAAACCUGGACUAUAAAGUCUGAAAUCACCAACCCGCAUUGAGCAAGCGUGGUGAUUAACGCUCAAUCCUUCUCCGUGUGAGAGGAGGCUGCAGCCAAGCAGUGGGACGAUUAAAAGGCUGAUGAUGAUGAUGAAAUAUGCAGUAGUAUUUUGUUAUUUUUUUGACUAUUGUGAAGUCAGUAAUAUCUAGCUUCACUGCAAUGUCAAUGAGAAAUCAAAUAGUCAAAUGCCUAAAUUCAGACUAGCACAGUUAUUUGGUGUGAAAAAAAAAGAUGUCUGACUAAUGCAAAAAAAAAAUAUUUAACCUUUUACGUAGCGACUUAGAUAUUAUAAGUAAGGUCGUAUUAUUGGUAUGUGUUAGCGCCUUAUCUAUACUAAUGUUAUGAAGCUGAAGUCUGUUUGUUUGAACGCGCUAAUCAGUAGUUCCCACGGGAUGCGGGUGAAAUCGCGAAUACUGUAUUCUUGUCAAUUUCUAACUGUGUGUGAGAAGUUUACACUUCGGGACAGAUACAUUGGGACACCUUUUAUAUUAAUAUUGUUUUAUCUGCAUGUGGCUUGAACUGGGCCAAAAGAAUAUUGGAUUACAUUUAAGUGCACAUGUAGGGAAAACAGUAAUUGCUUUUAUUAAUUGUCCCGUAUUGUAAUCUUGUGUAGUAAGGCUGUUUAACGAAAUUUUACUGGUGGGAUUAUUAAAUGAAAUAAUAUAAAAUAUAACCAAUAUACGUUCGGAAUAACUUUAGACUUUUAAUAAUUAUACAAAUAUAGUUUCGUUAAACAGUUCUUUAAGACACGAAAAGUUGCCCUUUAGUGACAAAACUGUGUACUUGACUUUCAAAUGUAUGUGAAGAGGUAUAUUAAAUACUAUAUAUACAUUGUAUGUGAUAUCGCAGCGAAUGUAGAUAUGUUCUUCCAUUUUACUAACCAAACUGUACUUCUGUCAUAGACGAAAAACAUUUUUGUAUAAACAUGAUAUUAAUUAUAAUUCGCACGCAAGAAAAGGCACAUAAAUAUAAAAUCUUGAGCGGUGAGCAAAAGAAUGAAUGAGUGAGUGAAUGAAUUCGUUAACAUUUUUGACAUUAAUCGAAUAUUUUGAACGUCUAUGACAGAAGUGAAGUUUAGAAAAUUUCUCGACUUGUAAAUUGUACCAUUUUUAAAUGAUACUUCUCUGCAUCUUUUCUUGUAAGAGUGAGUGCCAUGAAUGUUGGUUAAAAAGGCCAAACAUAACAUAUCCUUCUUUGGUCUCGGUAUAGGCUACGGACUUUUUGUAUUCGCUUAAUCAUACACUCUCGGCCAAUUAUAUAUACACACUUCAUCGUGCACUACCGGCCAGAAAAUAUGGGUCACUAAAAUAAUGUUGAAUUAAUGCGAUUUUAUAUGUUGACCAUCAGUAUUUUUUCACUUAUGGCCUAAUAUUUUAAUGUAUUUGACUCGAUUGAUAUUAUGAUAUUAGUUUUUAUUUUCGUUUUCAUGUUAAAAGUAUUAAGUUACCAAAUAAAAAUAGCCUAAAUCUUUAAUAGUGGAGUGUUUUUCGAGUAAAUCAGUGGUUAAUGGUAAUUCUGGUGCUUAUGAAUGCUAUUACUACAAACUGCCAUCUCUAUACUUUGCCGCUAUAGUUUUUAUGGUGCUAAAAUAGCGUCGCUUCAUCAAAAUAAUUAUGAAAAAAAUCCAGAAAACAUGCAACAUAAUACAAAUAAAGUCACAAACUUUAACUACUGAUUACUCGAAAAAUACUCGAAAAUAUUUAUUUCACUAGAUAAUACAAAUUGUAGCACAUCGACAAUAAGACACGUUUUUGAGAAAAAAAAGUUAAAAAAUGACUAGACUAGGAAACCAGUUGAAGUUUGACAUGAAUAGUGAACAUUUAGUGUUAAUAGUCCCGGUAAUAACGUAAUGGUAAGAACUUUUUCAGGUUUUACACAAAAUAUUCCUUCAAAAUGCAUCGUUAUUUUGUUUGGGAAGACUUUUGACUGAAGAAAGUACAUUUUUAUAGAUGUUUUUGUGUAUAAAUGAUCUUGAUUCGUGAAUAACAAUUAAAAUGGAAGUACAAUGUUGUUAAUUAACAAUUUCGUAAUUUAUUAUCGCUCCAUUGUUAUAUGAUUGUAAAAUAUUCAGUACCAUACAGUAAUAGUUUAAGUUCUAGUAAAUAUGCCCAGUGCUAUUUAGUGACUAUGUACAGUAUUAUAAUUAUAACAAAAAUAUACUAACAAAUUAAUUAUAAUGUACUAACAAAUUCUUACUCAGUCCACGCUAAAGUUUCUCGUACGUAUUUAAAAAUAAAUUAACUUGACAAUGUAAAAUAUAUCCGCCAUUUCCCACACAUAAUAACGAUGCAUUUAACACGAUGUGAAGUGCCUACAGCUCAUCACAAUACACGUCUUUAUAUUUAAAUAUAUAUUAUUAACAGUUUCUUAGUAGUUUUUAACGGUUAUUUAUAAAUAAAAAUAAAAUAAAAAAUAUUGUGCUAUCCGUUAUCUGUAUAUGUGGGCAAGUUUUUAUGUCCGCGAGUGUAGUUUUAGAUUAUCAUUCCAUAUUUUUAGGCUGUCGUUUAUUUUUUCUUAAUUUUUAUUUUUAAUUCUAGUCACAGUGCUGCUGGGUACUAGAUUUUAGGGGUUUAUUACUGUGAUUGAGACUUUUUGGCGGGAAUUGUUCAAAAGAGGUUCUAUUAAAAAAAUAUUUUUGAGAUUUUUUUUCGAAUUUUAUGACAAAAAAUUUAAUUUUUGAUAUUUUAUUGCAAAUUCUACUGGUUGACUGUUUAGUAAUUAUUUUAUGUAAAUGCACAAUUUUCGCCAAAAAUUACUCUUUUUAAAUUAAAAACACAUUUCCAAUGGGUUGAAGGGAACACAGGCACUUUAGUUUGAUACCUUUGCCUACUCAAACUAAUUUCUUGAAAACUAAAAGUUGUCACGUAGUGAUUAUUAUGUUGUAAAGACAUUGGUACCUUAAUGUAUAAUGUAAUAUUUAUAAGUUGACUGUGUCAAAAUAAUUAUAUCAUCUGUUUAUAUUGUAA